AUGAUUGAUGAAAGGAAACCAGCAGGCUCUGUGGAGGAGUACGACAUGGGACAUAACGACAUCCAGAGGACCCAUGGCGAUGCUCUUGGAGGGACCUCAUUCGAUUCACAAGACAUGCACAGGAUGGGCAAGAAGCAAGAAUUACGAAGAAACUUCCGCCUCGUCUCUAUCAUCGGUUUUGUUGUUGUACUCCAGUCAACAUGGGAAAGUGCUUUACUGUCCGCUUAUUUCGGUCUUUUCAAUGGUGGUACCGCAGGCGUGAUCUGGAUGACAGUGAUCACAUGGCUCUUCGUAAUGGCCAUGAUAGCAUCCCUCGCGGAGAUGGCUUCGAUGGCGCCGACUGCUGGCGGGCAGUAUCAUUGGGUGUCUGAGUUCGCACCGCCGUCGUUCCAGAAACCACUCUCGUACAUCGUUGGCUGGAGUGCUGGCGUUGGCUGGGUCUCCGGUAUUCCUGCCUGCGCCCAGAUGUUGUCAUCACUUGUCAUUGGUAUGGUGCUACUGGUGAAUCCAGAAGCCCAGAUCGGCGAGCUGUGGCACGUCACCUUGAUCAUGAUGUUGUGGCUUUUCCUCAUGGUUGGCUUCAAUAUCUUCCUAGCGCAACACUUGCCACUGGCUGAAGGUAUCGUACUGGUUCUGCACGUCUUUGCGUUCUUCGCAUUUCUGAUGCUCUUCUGGACAAUGGCCGAGCGAUCGCCUGCCGAAGAGGUCUUUACAACGUUCUACGAUGGUGGAGGCUGGGGUUCUCUUGGUGUAUCCGCCCUCGUUGGCCUUUCCACGCCGCUAUGGUGCUUCAUCGGCCCAGACGCCGGAGCUCACAUGUCUGAGGAACUGAAAGACGCCUCAGUUGUACUGCCCAGAGCCAUGAUGUGGGCUGUCAUCUUCAACGGCGUCUUUGGCAUCAUUAUGAUGAUCACCUUCGUAUUCUGCGGCGGUGCUCUCGACUCGGUUCUGGAAUCGCCCACUGGCGUCCCUGUGUUGCAAGCCGUAUACAAUGCCACAGGCUCCGUGGCAGGGACGAUCGUCAUGGGUACAAUCCUAGUAAUACUGGUCUUCUUUGCUGCAGUCUCAGUAACAGCUGCGUCCUCACGACAGAUUUGGGCUUUCUCUCGCGACAAAGGCCUUCCAUUCUCAUCAUGGAUUGAAUACGUACGUCCUGGUUGGGACAUCCCAGUAAACGCGUUGCUGGUCUGCCUUGGCUCGUCGCUGGUACUUGCUUGCAUCAACUUCGGCUCAGACGUCACUCUCAAUGCCAUUGUCUCGAUCUCCAACGCCGCAUUGAUAUUCUCUUACAUCAUAUCUAUUGGCUGCGUUCGACUUAAACGCCUGCGAGGCGAACCUUUGCUACCCCGUCGCUGGAGUCUGGGCAAGUGGGGAGGAACAGUGAACGAUUUGGCGCUUAUAUUUCUGCUUGUCGCUUUUGUAUUCUCUUUCUUUCCUAUGGCACCCAAUCCGGCAGCAGUCGACAUGAACUGGGCAGCGCUGAUGUUUGGUGCACUCGCCAUUCUGGCAACCGUGAAUUAUUUUGUUAGCGCGCGCAAGAGCUACGUAGCACCUGUCUUCUGGGUCAAACAGGAUUAA